AUGACAGAGAAAAUUAAAUUCGUAGACUCUCACAACUUUGCUGGAUAUCUCAUUUAUCCUCCUGUUGCUCAUCAAGAAUUCAAAUCCAUGAUGCAAAGUAUCUCAUACCCAGAGAAGGAUGCGGCUGUCACACCACCGAUUGCGACUGAGUGGGAAAGUGACAUAACGAUGCAAUAUUCCAUACUGGCACCUGAAAAGAUGGAUGCUCUCAUAGAAGAACUUCAACAAACUACAAGGAAGCCUCCCCAAACAGUUCCUGUAAUAACUGAACCUCCAUCUGAAAGUGAUCCAGAUGACUCAGCCUACACUUUACUCCUAUGGAAGCAAAAAAGAAGAGAUCGAAGCGAGCUUGAGAAAGAUAACUCCGAUAACGAUUCAAAGAUAUUAGAGCUGCAAGUGAAUCUUGGUGGUCUAACUGCUCUAUUCUUUGACCUAAAACAGUGCCUAUAUCAAAAGUUUGGUGAUGAAUUUCAACCUUUUAGCACUGAAGGAGAAAAGAUCACUGCUUCUAGUUUAGGUCCCGCCAAUCCAACUUCACAGUCUUCAAGGGAAAGAUCUGUAAGACCUGCUCUAGAUGCUACCCUUUAUUCAUUCUUAUCUUCUGGUCCUAUUUCUGCUCAAGAAAGAAGAGAGAAGCAAAUUAGGGUUGAGCAGUUGAAAGGGAAAAUGCUCGUGAUGAAGACUUCAGAUCAAAAUGCUCCGGGUGAUCAUCCUGAAAUGUUUAUUAGGGAAACUAGGAAGAAGUUCAUAGUCAAAUAUGGUGAUCAUUCUGGUAUCAUGAUGUGGGGAUAUGAUGGUGAAAAGAAAAUGUGGACCGUGAUGCAAAAAAGCGGGCAAAUUGCAUUUUAUAAUAAUAAAGUCGACUUUUUGUCCUGGACAAAAGUUGAUCUUUUAGAACUUAUCCAUUUACCUUUCCACAAUCCAACCAAUGAUACCAUAGCAUGGUCUUUUAAGAAUUUUCUUGAGAUUAAAGCGAAAAAUAACUUUAAAGAUUUAAAGACUGCUUCAUCGUUUACUAAGAAGGCCAAGGGUUUCAUUGAUCCUUGCACAAACAAAACAUUGGUAAUUGUCACGUGGGCCAGAAAGCAAGAUAAAAGGAUUCCUCUUCCCAAACAUUUACCUAAAGGUACUUUGGAUACAAUAGAAUUUUGGGUUUAUGAUGAGCCUAGUGCUUCGCUGAAGAAAAACCAAUUUCGUAUUGUUGGUCGUAAAGAUUUGUUGAAGUUUGGAGAACGUGAUAUCCACAUUUUAUCAAACUUUCAGAUUUUCAUAGAGAAUGAACUUUUUGAAGCUGUCGUAAAAGCAUUCACUGGAAUGGUAGCUACUAUUAUCGACAAGAAGCUAUGGGUAAGGGAAUUUGAUCAAGAAAACGUGCAUCUCAUAGAAAAACCUUGA